UUCAGUCAGUCAGUUUGCGCCGGCAGCCAAAGGAGGGAGUGCCGAACUGCGCAUGCGCUAUAACCUCGACGAUUGUCAAAAUUCGAACGAACAACGUAAAUAAACAAGUGGAAUUUAAUUUGUGCCAAAAUCAUACAUUAUUGUAGGGUUUUUAGAUAUUUUUACAGACAUUAAAAGUGACAUUUGUUGUGAGGUGUUGUGCAACGAUUUUGCGAAUUUUUCGAAGUGAUGAACAAACGAUAUUAAGUCAAGAUGCAGCUCCAAAUAAUUGUAACGUUAAGCGCCCUCGUACUAUGCGAUGCUAAACUGCCAAGGUUCAAACCUCACUCACAGCCAAACGAGUUACCAUCGAACCCCCCACAUUCCCAAGGCUUAGGGCAGUUACAAGCUCAAUCGAAAACCGAAAAAACUAGUCGAAUAAUCGAUCAAUACAGAGUGAGGCAUCGGAGAGAAAUAUUCGAUUCGAAGUCGUACGAAUCGAGUUUGACAUGGGCGCACUCGGAGAGGCUAGACCAGAACGGUGACGUUAUCCUAAGAUGGGUGAAUACAGAUUCGAGUAUAACCUUCAGAUUGGAGGCGAAGACACGUGGUUACGUCGGCUUAGGAUUUAAUUCGGCGCGAAACAUGAGAGGUGCAGAUUUGGUAGUCGCUUGGGUGGACGACAGGAAUGGCAACGCUCAAGUUUUGGACUGCUUCGGGUCAGAGCACGAAGACAGGGCGAUAGCCGAUGACGUGAAGAACUACGAGCUGAUAUCAGGAUACCAGAACGACACGCACACGACCGUCGAAUUCAGAAGGCAGCUUGACACUUGUGAUAAACAGGACUUCGUUAUUGGGGAAGACACAACUCAGAUUCUCUGGGCGCUAGGACCUGAUGGAUCUGAUGGACAACUCCCUAAGCACGUCAAAAGUGGAGCGAGGCCAUUACGGCUCUUGCAGCCGGUGUCGAAGCCGGAAUCAAUACCGCUGAACCAUUGGGAUGUCAGGCUGACAAAUCUCACAAUCCCACACGUAAUGGCAACGCUGUUCUGGUGCAAAAUCUUCAAAGUUCCCGAACUGCCCAAAAAGCACCACAUCGUUGGCUACGAACCUCUGAUCGACAGCCGACCAAUCAGGAACAAUAUCCCAGUGGUAGACCCCAUCAGCCAAUCCCCAGUCCAUCAUAUGGUGCUUUACGAAUGUGCUGAAGAUGAUGACAAGCACCUGUGGAAUACUUGGUCAGAGGGUGAUGGGUAUUUUGGGCCGAAUAGACCGAGUGCGUGGGCUACUUGUGCUACACCUAUUGCGGCUUGGGCCAUUGGCUCUCAAGGGGAAUUCCUACCUGAGAAUGUCGGCAUACCCCUAGGCGACAAAGGAGGCGUUUCGUACUACAUGCUCGAAGUUCAUUACGACAACCAGGCGCUACAUAACGUGCUUGAUAGCUCGGGUAUUCGUGUACACUACACAUCAUCGCUUCGGGAACAUGAUGGUGCUCUACUCGGCGCUGGUAUUGGAGUAUCAGCUUUACACGUGAUCCCGCCAAAGCAGAAGCAGUAUAGAACUGUUGGGAUCUGUAGUACGGAGUGCACACAAGAGACGUUACCAGAGGAUGGAGUUAAUAUAGUAUCAGUACUUCUGCACGCUCAUGGAACAGCAAGAAAGAUUUCCCUUAAACAUAUUCGAGGCACUCAAGAACUACCCAGAAUUUCUGAGGAAAACUUCUACGAUUCUCAUUACCAACAGUCUCGUAUGGUGCCCCGCGGUAGAAAAUUCAUGAGAGGAGAUACCUUGAUCACGGAAUGCACUUAUGACAGUACUUCACGAGAUAAACCUAUACUAGGAGGUUAUUCAGCUAAACAGGAAAUGUGCCUAUCAUUCAUCCUAUACUACCCAAGAACGGAACUAGCUGGUUGCUACUCAAUGACGCCCGUUAAAGAGUUUUUCGAGACGUUUGGAGUCAAAGAAUUUUAUGGACUCAACUUUAUGCAAGUCGAGAAUAUCUUCCUCUCUUCUGGGAGUUUCGAAAACUUACCGCCACAACCACUGAUGGAAUUAGAAGCUCAAAAACACAACGUCAAUGAGACUGGAGAACAAGGCAUGCAGGGGGAUGACCAAGGAGUUGGCUUGAUGAAAGAGUUAGUUAUCUGGGAGCCACCAGAGUUCCGCAACAAGUCGUUCAUGGCACAUCUGAACGAGAUGCCGUGGGCGGAACCCCUUCUCACGGAGCAGAUCGAGAAGACGCUGUACAAGGGCAUGCAUAUGACCUUCUGUAAGAAGAGGGAUGAUACCUGGGGUGUGCCAAUACAAAUCCAGAGCUAUCCAAACUACACGGAACUAAUAAACAACGAAACAUCAGAAAAGUCUUGCCACUACAAAAGCGUUCGGUUGCCCUCGGUUACCAAGACUUCAAGUUCAGCAGCCAUUCAAUAUAGUUGGUUGACGAUACUCACGUUAUGUAUGGCCUUAAUAGUCGCACGGUAAGAACGAGAAAAGGGUACAGAUUGCGUGAAAACGAUUUUACAAAUUUUCGAAUACCUUUAACGGUAAUUUAUAAACAGCGACAUCUGUUGAAAACUUUUGGUACUAAACGCUGUUCGAAUAAAUACGUUCGGUAUUUUGUUACGUUUUUCUAAUAAGGGCAUGACAGCAUUGACAUUAUUUUUUUAUUUUAUUUUGACCAGUUUUUUCAUGGGC